AUGAAGUAUUCAAUCAUUCUAUCAGCAGCUGUGGCUCUGGUGGCAGCCGCACCCAGUCCCCAGCCUGCUGCCAACGAUGAACUAGUACCUGUUGUUGAGCAGCAGGGACGAAACAUCCGACUGUUUGGCCGAACCUUCUGUGCCCGAACUUAUGGCUACGGCUCCCACUGGGGUCACUGCCCUGAGCAUACCAAGUGGAAGCCCAAACCUUCUGGAGGCGGUGGUUCUCAAAAGACCUGUCCCGCCGACCAACAGACUCUCAUUACAACCACUACUACUCGAUACAAGGGCUACGAUUGCCUCACUGAUACCAUUGUCGUCACCUCUUGUCUUCCUACUCCUACUCCUGCCAAGACAACUAAAGUUCCUCCUCCCAAGCCUACUAAGCCUGUGGCCAGUGGUUCCGGUGAUUGCACUACUAGAUAUUCUACUUCUACCCGAUACGAGGGCUGGAAGUGCGUCACUGAUACCAUCACACAGGUGGAUUGCUCCCCCUCUGCACCCACUCCCCCUCCCAAGACCAAGCCCGUGUCCAGCAGCUCUCUUGACUGUCCUCCUGAGUCCCAGACUACUAGCUACUCCACCAAGACACGAUAUGAAGGCAGGAAGUGUAUCACAGAUACUGCCACAAUUGUUAGCUGUAUUCCUCCCGCUCCCACCCCUCCCCCUCAGACUAGUGUCAAGACCACUCCUUCUGGAUCGCUGACUUGUCCUCCUGAGCAGCAGACCACCAUUGUGACCACAUCUACUCGUUACAAGGGUUGGGACUGCCUCACUGACACUGUCACUCUGACACAAUGUGUGCCUGGAUCUUCCACCAAACCUGAGAGUGUUGUGUCUACUGCCACCCCUCCUGUUACCACUACAAAGGUCAAGCCUACUCCUUCAGGUUCUCUGACCUGCCCUCCUGAGGAGCAGACCACAAUUGUGACCACCUCUACUCGUUACAAGGGUUGGGAUUGUCUCACUGACACUGUCACUCUGACACAGUGUGUGCCCAGAUCUUCCACCAAGCCUGAGAGUGCUGUGUCUACUGGCACCCCUCCUGGUACCACUACAAAGGUCAAGCCUACUCCUUCAGGUUCUCUGACCUGCCCUCCUGAGGAGCAGACCACAAUUGUUACUACCUCUACACGCUACAAGGGCGGGGACUGUUUCACUGACACCAUCACUCUGACCCAGUGUGUGCCUGGCACAUCUACCAAGCCUGAGAGCAUUAUCAGUACUUCUGUUCCCGGUUCUUCUAUUCCCGGCUCGUCUGUUCCUACUAGCUCAGUAGACAGUACUACACCUGCGACCAUUCCUGGCUCUUCUUCCACUCCCGAUAUUCCCACUUCUGGAGUUGAGACUGGUUCCACUGGAUCUGUCACAAUCCUUACUCCUUCUGACUCCAGCACGGAGACAUCCCAGAAGCCUACCGACUCUUUGCCCCCUCAUUUGACUACUUCUUGGGUGACUAAAACAACUACAUUCACUACUGGAACUACCGUCUACACUACUGAGUACACAACUCUUACCACUUGCGAGAUUACUCCCUCGUCUACUCCUGCCACUGAGACCACCCCUGUUGAUCGUGCCACCUCCAGUGUUCCCGUCGAGUCUUCUUCCGUCCCGGUUGAGUCUUCGGUCCCCAUCACUGAGUCGCAGCCCACUCCUACCUCUGAGACUCCUGGAACUUCUUCGGCCCCCGUGGAGACUUGUCCUACUGGUGAAACUAUGAGCACCAUCACUGUGCCUCAUACCAAGACCGUGACUGAGGGAGGAUCUACUAUCACUACCGUUGUGACCAAGACCAAGACCACUUGUGCUCCCCCUGGAUCUGAGACCCUCCCUAUUGUCUCCACUGGAAGUACAUCUGUGUCUCCUGUCUCUUCUGGACCUGCACUUUCCACUGCAAGCGAGUCUGUACCUGUCUCGUCAGGUCCUUCUCCUUCUACUUCUCCUGAUACCACUAUUGAGCCCACUGUUGAGCCCACUGGCAGCGCUACUACUGAAUCCCUGCCUCCUCACCUUACCACAACCGUCAUCACCGUCACUGAUACAGUCACUACUGGCUCUACUUUCUACACCACUGAGUACACUACAAUCAGCACAUGCCCCAUUACUGAUGUGGAGUCGACCGUGAGCAAGACUACCCCUGUGAAUACUGAGCCUACUCAAUCUGAGUCUUCUCAGCCCGGACCUUCGCCUUCUACUGGCGUGGUUCCUCCUGAGUCGUCUGGUCCUUCUCCUUCUACAGGAUCUGUUCAGACUACUGGUUCUAUCGUCACAACCUCAGGUUCUGUGUCCCCUGAGUCUUCGCAGCCUGGCCCUUCUCCUUCUACUGGUUCUGAUGUUGAGUCUGUCACUCCCACCACCCUGGAGCCUACAGCCAGUGCCACUACCCAGACUGGUUCCGAGAGCAAGCCCUCCCCCACUGACUCCGGUGACAUCACCUCUUAUGUUCCCUCUGUUACACCCACCGGCCCUAUUACUGUGACAUCUCCUGGCAUCUCAUCCCCUGUGACAUGUCCCCCUGACCAGAGCACCUCUAUCGUGACGAAGACAAUUACAGGACUAACUACAGAGAGUGGCUACACAGUUGAGUGUCUCACUAUUAUGACCGAGGCCGUCUGUGUCACAGGUGAGGCCACCACUACCAACUGGAUUACCUACCAGCCCACUCCUUCUGCCGAGUCUUCUGUGAUCCAGUCUUCACCUUCUGGGUCAGUUCCUCCCGUUGAUACUACCCCUGUUCAGACUACCGGUGCUGUCGAGUCUUCAGGAUCAGUUCCUCCUGUUGAGAGUACUCCCGCUGAGUCAACAGGACCAGUUCUGCCCGAAACCUCCGCCUCUGCUCCUUCCUCGCUUCCCUUCCCCGUGACGUACGUCACCACUGAGGUUGUCACCACCGAGGUUGACCAGACUACCGUGUUUACCACCCAAACUCGAACUAUUGUCUCUUGUACCCACGAGGCUGGCUGUGUUGGUAGUUAUGCUACUGGAGAGGCUGCCCCUGAGCCCACUAUUCCUGCUGGAGCUCAUGAGAAGCCAGCCAUGCCCGAGGUCUCUCAGGCUGUUGAUGUUCCUAACACCACUCUCAAGCCUGUUGGUGUCGUCCCUGAAGAGUCUGGAACCUCUCCUACUCCAGCUGGAUCGGCUGCUCCUGGCGAGCACGGUGAGUCUACUCCUGGUGAGCACGGUGAGCACGGUGAGCACGGUGAGCACGGUGAGUCUACUCCUGGUGAGCACGGUGUGCACGGUGAGUCUACUCCUGGUGAGCACGGUGUGCACAGUGAGUCUACUCCUGGUGCCCCUGGCACCCCUGCCGAGUCGGCUCCUACCCAGGCUGGAACUCCUGGCCAGGCAUCUUCUGCCCCCUCUGCCCCUGAGCAGGCCAACGGUGGCGUGUCUCUCGGACUCCCUCUCGGUGGUCUCUUCCUGGCUGCCCUCCCCUUGCUCAUUUAA